GUGCACCAGAGAGCCAUUGCAGAGUUGAAGCAAGUUCUGGAGAGAUACCUGGAUCCUUAGAUCACUUGUUGGCUGAGUCUCCUGGAUUUGGUUAAAGGCAGAGAGUUAGGAGGCUGCCACUGUAGACCAAGUGUGUAAUCAUGAGGGCUAGAAUGGUAACAGGGCUAAAAAUGAGAGUGAAGUAGCACAGAGGGACUAAUUUAAAAAUGAGUUAGGAGUUAAAAUUAGCAGAAGUGGUUGGUUUGAAGGUAAGAAAUCAGGGGUGACUGGGAGAUUCCUAACUUGGGUGACUGGUUGGAUAAUGUUGCUGUACCUAAGAGAGUACAUAUAAAAGGAAGAGCUGGCUAUGGGCAUGGCAGGAGGGGGUGAGUGGUUUAUUUAGUCAUCUUGAGUUAGGGUGUCUCCAUGAAAGCAGCCAGAAGACAAUUUGAUGCAUGACUGCAGGUUCAAGAGAAAGGUCUGGCCGGUGUUGCUAACAUGGGGGGAGUAGUGGAGCCAUGAGAGAUGCAACAUGGCCAAUGCCCUGGCCAAUGCCACCUGUGAGCGCUGCAAGGGGGGCUUUGCGCCCGCCGAGAAGAUAGUAAACAGUAACGGGGAGCUGUACCACGAGCAGUGCUUCGUGUGUGCCCAGUGUUUCCAGCAGUUCCCAGAGGGACUCUUUUAUGAGUUUGAAGGAAGGAAGUACUGUGAACAUGACUUUCAGAUGCUCUUUGCUCCUUGCUGUCAUCAGUGUGGUGAAUUCAUCAUUGGCCGAGUUAUCAAAGCCAUGAAUAACAGCUGGCAUCCUGAGUGCUUCCGCUGUGACCUCUGCCAGGAAGUUCUGGCAGAUAUUGGAUUUGUCAAGAAUGCUGGGAGACAUCUAUGUCGCCCCUGUCAUAAUCGUGAGAAAGCCAGAGGCCUUGGAAAAUACAUCUGCCAGAAAUGCCACGCCAUCAUCGAUGAGCAACCGCUGAUAUUCAAGAAUGACCCUUACCAUCCAGACCAUUUCAACUGUGCCAACUGCGGGAAGGAGCUGACUGCUGAUGCCCGGGAGCUGAAAGGAGAGCUGUACUGUCUGCCGUGCCAUGAUAAAAUGGGGGUCCCCAUCUGUGGCGCUUGUCGACGGCCCAUUGAAGGGCGCGUGGUGAAUGCUAUGGGCAAGCAGUGGCAUGUGGAGCAUUUUGUUUGCGCCAAGUGUGAAAAGCCAUUUCUUGGACAUCGACAUUAUGAAAGGAAAGGCCUGGCAUAUUGUGAAACCCACUAUAACCAGCUAUUUGGUGAUGUUUGUUUCCACUGUAACCGUGUUAUAGAAGGUGAUGUGGUCUCUGCUCUGAAUAAGGCCUGGUGUGUGAACUGUUUUGCCUGUUCUACCUGCAACACUAAAUUAACACUCAAGAAUAAAUUUGUGGAGUUUGACAUGAAGCCAGUCUGUAAGAAGUGCUAUGAGAAAUUUCCGUUGGAGCUGAAGAAAAGACUUAAGAAACUAGCUGAGACUUUAGGAAGGAAAUAACUUCCUUUCUUUUGUUUUUUCUCUUCUGUGCAAAGAAAAGAGAUUACCAACAUUACUUGACUUGGUCCACCCUGUUUAAAGCUGUAUCUCAAAAUAAUUGAGAGUGAAGAGGGCCUAUAUGAAUGGUUUUCUUUAUCUCCUUUUUCUCAUUAAAAAAAGAAAAAAAGCUGUGUAAUCAUAUUUAAAACACAGAUGAGAUCAUGAUGCUUUUGUUAAAUACCCUGUCAGUUUGUUGAAAUGUAGACUAUACUUAACAGCAAAAACACAUGGUUAAAUGUUACAUGUUAAUCAAGGUCCAAAAAAAUUAAUUUAACUUUUAAAAAUGAAAAUAGGGAGUCAGCUUUCACAUGACUCAGAUACAAUAGAAACAUUAUUUUACUUUGUAUUUGAAAGAAAAUAAAUUCCAACAGCUGUUGGGGAGGAUAUAAGGAAGAAAAAUAACCAACCAAGAAAAACAAAUCUUGUAGAAUGUUAGUAUGUUUAUCAAACUAGUAGUUAUAAAAUGAAUAUACACAUUACUAAGACAAGAAACAAGUGCAUUCAAAACUACUUGAUUUCAUUUUUUGUUAAAUUCAAUAAUUACUAUGCUUAGUUUUAUAUUUUGUUCUCCUUGUGAAACUCUUCCUUCAUACAGUUACUUAACAUAGUAGUUAUAGCUAGCUAAUAGUAUGCCUUUUUAAAUUUUUUGCAAAAAAAAUUUAUACUAGACAUUUGAAAAUUCAGUACACUUUACAAUAUUGGAAAAAAUGAAGUAUUUUUUAAUGGAUUACAGCAAUUAUGCUUCUAAGCUUAAGGUCAAAGAUGUAGUCUUAGAAUAGGACACAAAAUUAAAUUUUAUGUAGCUUAGAAUGUAUCGCUUAAAAACAAGUGAAUUUAUAUGUAUUGGUCUUCUUGCCUUUAUAACCAUGCUGACUAAUAUCUGUGCUUCAUACAUAAUCAAAUUUGCCUUGCCUUAGAAACAUACUUAAUUCAGGAAUCCUAGCUGUUUCAUGCAAUACCAAAAAUAAGUGCAUUGAUUGAGAUUUGUAAACCCAAAUUCAUUUGCCACCACUAAGAUGAGAUUUUUUUUUCCUCUCCUUUUUUUGGGAAACACAUUGAAAUUAAUUUUUGUCAUCUUAUUAAAAGAAUGAUAUUGAUAUGUGUUUCAAGUUUUUCAUUUCAAAUCUCAUAAUUGGAUUUUAUUUAAGUAGGAGGUAAAAAUGACAUUUUUAAAUUGGAAGGGGAUGUUUAAAUGUCAAUUUUAGAUCAAAAGUAGUGAAUCAUUCUACUUUAUAAAAUGUUUUUUAAAAGUUUAUCCUGAAGUUUCUAGACCAUUCUUUCUUGGCAAACUUGUUCGCAAUGCAAAUUUUGUGAGCAAUUGUUAAAUGUUGCUGCUGCUAUUUUUCAUUUAAAAGUAAGUUCCCAAGACAGACUUCUAAGGAGGAAAGUAUUGGUUUUUUAAAAAAUUGCUGAAAUACUGUUUUGCCAUUAAAAAAAAAAAAAAAAAAACACCUCAGGAUGCUACUCACUCUGCCAUUAAAGUAUUUGUAUGCAUGUAUUUUUUAAAAGUUUGUGCAUGCACUUUACAAGAGUAAAUUCUAUCUUGGUUUUCAGAUAACUUAUAACCAAUUAUUUUUUAGUGUUCUUUUAGAGUUCAAAGAAUUAUCAAUGAUUGAAAAUAAACAAUAUAUAGUUUAAGACUGUAUAUACUCAGAAGUUUAAAACAGUCUUUGCAUUGGACAGUAAGAAUCAAAAUCCCUCUGUGUGCCUUCGUCAGCUAAUAUGUAACCAGCAAGGAAAACCUUGAAAGUAUUUAUUAAAUACUAUACUAUGGAUAUAGGCCAAAUAGUACAGGCUUUGGCAGUUUGGGGUCUUGAUGCUAAAUUCUCAAAUA